GAUAAUGUUUCCAACAGGAUCGCCCGUGUGAAAUGCAAGUCAGGAGUCUCAGAGAGGGAGAGGAGAGGAACGGAGGGAGUAAAGGAAAGAGCGUAGGUGUAAAAAGGGGAUGGAGAAGCAGCAUUCCUGACCGCACACUUACAGAACGGAACGAGAAAGAGGGAUAGAAGUUAAUCUGAAAUCCAGAUGCUUUUCGGACCAAACGAGGGUCAAACUCCCACACACACACACACACACACACACACACACACACACACAAAGCACUCCAUCACUUCUCCUGCUCUCUUUCACAGACCUCAGUAGCUUUACAAGUCAGCAAACAUCCACAGGACUAAAGCAUCAGCUGAAUACUUUUUUACGCCUGUUUUUCUUGUAAAACUGUGACUUUCAAGCCUGCAGUGAAACCUUAAGGACUUGUUUUGGGAUCAGUUUUGUCUGUUUUUCUCUUUCCCCUCCUGGAGGCAUUUCCAGGUGUUUCAAUGACAUAAGCGGUCGGACAGCCAUCCGGUCAUGGCGCUGUGGUGGUGCGCCAAUAUCUUCUGCAGGUUGGCAGCAGCGUGGUUUCCCCUGCUCUUCUCAUCACUGCUAUGGCAAGCGAUCUCACCCAUAUAUGCCAUCCCAUCCUGUCCCCGGAGCUGCAGCUGUCCAGGCGUCAAAGAGGUCCACUGUACGUUCAGACACCUCACCACCAUACCAAAAACCUUUCCUAAAGACACAGAGAGACUCAACCUUGGUUAUAACAGCCUGACGGAGUUGGAUGGGUCAGAAUUCAGGUCACUGCAGCAACUGGAAAUGCUCAUGUUGCACGGCAACGACAUAAGCACAAUCCAACCUGGGGCGUUUUACAACCUGAGGUCACUACAGAUCUUGAAGUUGAGUUACAACAAGCUCACAUUGGUGAACUCUGGACUGUUGGAGGGCCUUGUUGGUUUGAUUCGUCUCCAUCUGGACCACAACCUCAUUGACUUUAUAGAGCCGUACUCCUUCUCUGGCCUGACCUCCCUAAAACUCCUACAGCUGGAGGGGAACCUUCUCAAAGAGAUCCACCCUCAUACCUUCAUAACGGUGUCACUACUAGGAAGCUUUUGGACCUCUGGACUCAAGCACUUACACCUGUCAGACAAUCUGUUGGAGCAGCUUCCUGCCGUAGCGCUGAAGACCGCUCCCAGGCUUGAGCUCCUCUCUCUGCAUGGCAACCCCUGGACCUGUGACUGUCAGCUCCACUGGUUAAUAGAAUGGAGCUCCACACAUGAAGGCGUAAUAAAGUGCAAGAAGGAACGUGGCUCCAGUGACACUUGCCCCAUGUGCUCCUCUCCUCAACCCCUGAAUGGGAGCCUGUUGCUAGAACAGACUCCAGACAAGCUCACCUGUGAACGGCCAUCUCUUCGCUCCACCCUUAAAAAGUGGGACAAUCCUGUAUGGGCUGAGACUGAAGCAGAGCCUGACCUCCCGUACACGCGGGACUUUGAAAAGCCUUUGGGCCGUCUGACUUUUGUUCUCUCUGACAGCCAUGCAAACAGCGCUCAUGUGGCGUGUGACGUGCGACACCCUGGAGAUAGUUCACCCAUGACUUGGACAGGAAAUCCACAUUCACCUGGGGAGUUGUCUGUCAAUGUGUCACUGGUGACUGUCCUGGAGUGUGAGAUUGAUCGGGAGACGUUGCAAAAUCUAUGGCAAUUGGUCGCCUAUUACUAUGAAAGCCCUGCUAUUUUGGAGAGAGGUCAGCAGAGAGGCAAUGCAAGUGGAGUUACCUUUCAAUAUGUCCAAGCCAUAAAUGAAAAUUCUCCAUAUUUCACAGAAUUAAAAGGGUAUUUGGUAGCGGAACCCUUGUGGCUGCUUCAACCCAGAGUCACUUUAAAGCUCAACAGACAGCAGACAACAAGCAAGAAACUGGUGAUGGAUUUCACUACUGUAAUCACCAAGCAAGUCAACAGCCAUAGAAGGACGGGAGAUGACAAUGACCACACCAUGCCCUGGGCUCUAAUUCGCAAAAGGACAGCCGGGCGGGUUCAGACUGCUCUCGAGGGUUCAAAGGUUAACUUGGAGUGCAGUGUUGUCACUUCAGAUCAGGAGGUGAAGGUGGAAUGGAUGCUUCCAGAUUUGUCCAUUGUGGAAGAUACAACUGAUAAAGUUGAAAUUUCUGAACGAGGAGAACUUGUGAUUUUGAAUGCCACGCUGUCUGACUCAGGCCUUUACCACUGUAUGGUCAGAACCAUAGCCGGUGUGGACUUGGUGCCUAUGAGGCUCACCAUCAAACAACUCUCACUCAGCCCUACCGCUUUCAAUGGUCAGAAAAUUGUAGUUGAAAAGGGACAGUCUUUUACCCUCCCUUGUGAGGUGACCUCAGUCCUGCCCAGUCAAAUUAUGUGGUACCUACCUAAAAACCAAAUUGUUCUUCCCACGCAACAGACAAGACGGGCAGAAGUGAUGGAAAAUGGGACCUUGUUUGUAAGAAGGUUAACACAAGAAGAUGCUGGGGAAUAUACCUGCCUAACCUCAAAUCUGUAUGGCGUAGACAUGCUAUCACACAUGGUGGAAGUCAAAGGAGAAAAGACUUCUGAUAGGUCCAAAGUACAGACUGCGCAAGAGCAGCCGAUGUUGACGAUUGGCGUGGAGGAAGGAGAGGGUUCAGGGGGAGAUUACCAGGAAAUUGUACGUCCUUUUGCUACCCAAUUCCCUAAGAAGGUAGGAACACACCAAAGGAAUUCUAAUGUUCUUUCAAAAAGGAAAAGAAUCAAAGAUUUAAAGAGAAAACCCAAUAAAUCUGUAAAGGAGUUGGAUCCAAAUCGUUGGGCCGAGAUAUUGGCUAAAGCUAAUGCUAAACCAAGCGUUGCUCUGCCCACAGAGCAGUCACUACCAGCGCCUAGCACUGUAACCGUCCAAACAAUUACUUCCAAACCUACUACUACAGCUGCUUCGAUAACAACUGCUACUGCUGACAACUUACCCCUUACUGCUACCCCUCCUGAUAUUAGUACAGAGCCAAGACAUUUCCCCAUCCACACAAAAGCUAAGACUGAAGCCUAUCCUACAGAGAAGAAAGUGGAUAGCCCAGAAACAUCUGAAAGUCUGCCAGAGGUUUUACAACCACCGCCAGCCAAAAGUACAGAACCAACCCCCCACAAGGUUGGUGGGAUCGGAAUAAAAACAGAAGCUGUCACAGACCGCACUGCUCUUGGAACACCUCAACCAGUCGAUCAGUCAGAAAACAAGCACUCUGGAGAGGGGCGAAGGAACAACCACCUUGUUCCUGGUCAGUCAAACAGGAGAAGACCACCGUAUAGACGUAGAAAACCCCCGAUGAAAAAUGUCCGACCGCAUGGACAGCCCUUCUACCAUUCAUCGAACAAGCCCAAAACAACUGUUCCCCCAACUACAACCACCACCACACCAACAACAACCACCACCACACCAACAACAACCACCACCACACCAACAACAACCACCACCACACCAACAACAACCACCACCACACCAACAACAACGACGACCAUACCAACAACGAUGAGCACAACUGCAACUACUACUACUACUACUACUACUACUACUACUACAAUAACACCUGUUCCAACUACAGUGGAAAACCAUGAAACCUUGUCUGCUGAGUAUCAGACUGAGGAAGAUGAAGGCGAAUACUAUGAAGAAUAUAACUACAAGGAUAGUGGUAGUUUGGAUGCCAAGGAAGAUUUAAAAAGUAAAACCCCGCAUACCUCUCAUGAUCUUGACAGUAGCCUUACCAAUUUUCCAUCUGCUAGAGAAAAGGAUGUAAAUAGCUCUCCACCUAAUCCAAAGACGAUUGUCACUCCAAAGAAAGAUGGUAUGCUUCAUCCAACUGAUAGAACUGUUGAAGAAAAGGAGACAGACACCGUCAACCUAAAGGAGUCUGAGAGACAGAGGGUUAAGAUAAGAACACAAACUGAAGAAAAGGUUAAAGACAAUCCAAAUCUGGCAGGAGAGAGUGAGAGGGAGGUAACAACAGCAGUGGAAAAGCAAGAAAUGGACAAAACAGACACAGGAGGCAUUAAGAAAGAUGCAAAAAAAACUGAAAGGGAAUGGGCCACACAGAGCUACAAUACGGGGGAUAGCAGCCGCUUAACUACACAAAAUAGACCAAGACCUAACACUAAACCUUUAACAGAACAAAAUGCACCAACCCAAGCACAAACUUCAUCUUCCAAGAUCAUUACCUCACAUUCAACAAGAGGCAGAACAAGAGAAGAAGUCCCACAGAAAGAGCAUAAAGAUCUAAACAAGGCUAAAGUGAAGCCUGAGAUCCACAGUUUCCCUAUAAUGGAGCCGGUUCACCCCUGGCUCCAUCAGAACAAACAGGCAGGAGGGCAAACCACUACUUCCAGGACGACACAGACAAACCAAGACAGAAAUACAGGAAGACAGGGGGAAGGGAAUCAAGGCAGACAUUCCCAACAUCCCAGAGUCCCCCCGACCUCCCACUGGACUUCACAGCAUCAUCACCAUCAAUACUACCCUCUCUACCCUUCCUGGCCAGGUCAAAGGGCAUUUCCUUAUCCAAGGCAAGGUCCUGGGUCACACCCUGUGCCCACACACAGACCCUGGCCUGUCCCCCACCCCUGGGUUCAAAGCCCGGUUGUCACCAACCGACCAGAGAUCACAGCUGAAACAGUGAAGCCCAAACCUACAGUUUCUGGAACAACAGGGAACUCCAAAGUUACCCUCUCUAAUCCCUAUUUGCCACAUCACCAUCACCAUCAUCUUCAAAAUCACCAUGUGGAUGGCAGGACCCAAACCAGAGACCAACUGUUUCUAUCAAGGCUGAGGAACAGAUACAGACAGGCGCAGCUUGAUCGCAUUGCUCAGUUAGGGAGGAUGGUGACACCCAAACCUCGCACUAGCUACCACAAUCCUCCAUCUCCGAUCACACCUAAACCCAACCCUCCAUCUCCAAAUAGACCCUACAUCCCCAGACCUGCAGCACCCACUUCUUAUUACACUUACAACCUGCAACCACCGAACCCUGCUAAACCUUCAUCCUCUUCAUCAUUAUCUGGUUUCAUCACAACCCCUCAUCCUCCUCACCAUCCCACCACCCCUGGGGCUCUGUAUGGAGGUCGGUGGCCUGUUGGAGCAGGACGUAUCAGCUCUCGGCGGCCCACUGCUGCUCCCCCUUUCCCAUGGGUGUUGGCAUCUGGAAGUGAUCAGCUGAAGCCCCGUAUUACCACUUUGACCACAGCUAGUGUGUCAGUGCUGGCGGAGAGUGAUGUGUUCCUGCCUUGCAAAGCAACCGGGAAUCCCGAACCCAACAUUGCAUGGACCAAAGUCUCCACAGGUGCCACCAUCCCAGCCAACACCAAGCAUGGUCCCCGUUUUGAAGUCUUCAAAAAUGGAACUUUUGUUCUAAGAAACAUCCAGCUUCAGGAUAGAGGCCAGUACCUCUGCACAGCCCAGAACAGCCUCGGAUCAGAUCGCAUGGUCAUUACCUUAGCCGUCCAGACUGAAGCACCCAGGAUCCAGCCGCCCAAGUCCACAGAGAUAGCAGUCUACUUAGGGAAAAGCGUGACUCUUGACUGCUUUGCUUCGGGAAAACCCCCUGCCCAAAUAUCCUGGAUUCUUCCCGACAGGACAUUUGUACGGGAAAUCGGGACUGUUCACACUUCCCUUUCUCCGAUGUCUCUGCUUCAAAAUGGAACCCUUCAUAUUCACUCUCUCAAUUUCUCCAGCAAAGGCGACUAUAAAUGUAUUGCAAGCAACGCAGCAGGUGCUGAUACAAUCACUUAUCAUCUCCAUGUGGCAGCUCUGCCUCCAACCAUCAGCGAAGAAGCAAUGGAUACUGUGAUCAUUCAGCCAGGCAGGAGUGUGUAUGUCCACUGCUCUGCGAAGGGCGAACCCGUGCCUGCUCUGAAAUGGAUGCUCCCAGCAGGGAUCCAUGUUAAGACUUCACAGUUCCUUGGACGCAGGCUGUUUGUCUUCCCCAAUGGGACGCUGUAUGUGAAGAAUGUUUUGCCAGUUGAUGCUGGGAGGUACGAGUGUUUGGCCACUAAUACUGUGGGCAUUGCCAAAAGGACUGUUCAGCUGGAGGUGAGGGAAGAUUCCCCCUCCCUCCCCCGCCAGCCUCCUCUCCCUCUUCCCGUCCCCCCAACCCACCACCAUGGUGUGCCAUCCCAACAACACUCUGUCUCAGCUAUGUACGGGUCCGCUGUCUACCUCCACUGUCCAGAGUCUACCAGAUCCACUAGAGGGACCAUCUGGCAGUUACCCUCCAAGACCAUCAUGGAACAUCGAUACAGUCCAGAGAGACCAAUUAAAGUUUUCCGUAAUGGGACUCUGAGGAUUCUUCAGCUGACAGAGCUAGAUGGUGGAAAUUAUGUGUGUGUCUUUCAGCGGCCCAAUGGGGAGGACAUGGAGCUUUUCCAGGUGGAGGUGGUAAUGACCCCUCCCAGAAUUGAACAUGUGAGGACUGAACAGACGAGGGUCACCUUUGGAGAAAACUUCCAGGUGGACUGUGUUGCAACAGGCCUCCCUGACCCAGAAGUUACCUGGAGUCUCCCAGAUGGAACUUUAAUCAACAACGCCCUUCAAUCGGACGACAGUGGCCUUCGCAACCGCCGCUAUGUUAUUUUUGGCAAUGGAACUUUACUUCUCCAGCAAAUGGGCAAAAGAGACGAGGGCGACUACACUUGUUAUGCCAAGAACAAACUGGGCAAGGACGAAAGAAAAGUGAGCGUCACAGUGGGACCGAAUGCUCCAAAGAUUAGAUUAAAAUCCCAAUCAUUGGUAACAGUAAAGUUAGGAGGAUCAGCAAAGUUGAGUUGUCAGGCAGCAGGUGAACCUACACCAAGAAUUAUGUGGAUCUCACCAAGAAACAAUGUGAUUUCAAUGUCAUCGGACAAAUUUCAGAUCACGGACGAUGGGACGUUAGUGGUGAAAAACGUAAUGCUGGUUGACGAAGGGAAAUAUGCAUGUGUGGCACGAAAUUCUGCUGGUGACGAUGUUAAAAACAUGAAACUUGAAGCUGAACUCCAGGAACCCUUUAUCAAUGGCAUGAAAGGGAUGAGCACCACAAAGGUUAUGGCUGUUUCCUACCAAACAGCGCUCCUGCAUUGCAGAGUGGAAGGAAAACCUGAACCAAGAGUCUGGUGGGUCACUCCUUAUGGCCACUCGCUCCCAACCCCAUACCUGGGCGGUCGCUUCCAAGUCCACCGGAACGGGAGCUUGGAGCUGCGAGGGGUGAGGAAAACAGAUGAAGGGAGGUACAUGUGUCUGGCUAAAAACAAUCUGGGUGAAUCCUCACUUUUGGUUGAAUUAGACGUGGCAUCAAUAGCCGAGAAACCAAGUUUUGCUGUUCCAAAUAUUGAAAUCUUACCGAUAAAGCAAGACGGCGAGACAAUAUACUUGGAGUGCCCCGCUCGCGGCAAGCCAAACCCGGAGUUCACAUGGGUUCUGCCCAACGGGACGAUGCUGACGCCUGGUGUUAGACUCCAACGCCUCACGCAUCAUCUGGGUAACGGAAAGCUAGAGAUCUCUCAACCAGUCGCAAGUGAUAAGGGAGUGUACCGGUGCCUGGCAAAAAACGUGGCAGGACAAGCGGAGAAACGUUAUGCGCUGGAGGUGGGCAGAAAGCCACAGAUCAGAGGAUCUACAGGUGGGAUGAAGAUCACUUACGGCCUCAACCUCAACUUGCCCUGCACUGUGGAUGGCUGGCCACAAGCAUCGAUCACAUGGACCCUGCCUAAUGGUCUCGUUUUGGACAAACCUCAGACAAUUGGCCGGAUAUUUUAUUUUGCCAAUGGGACACUCCAAGUCAGGCAGGUCGCCACCUUUGACAAAGGAACCUACAUCUGCAAGGCCUCCAACUCGUUUGGCUCCUCAACGCUAUCCUACCCAGUCACAGUGAUGGUUUUCCCUCCACGUAUCACCAACACGCUGACCUCAAUUACAAGAGUCAACCGGGGAUCCCCGGUGAAGUUAAAUUGUGUUACAAGUGGUAUUCCCAAGCCGGAUAUUUCAUGGACGUUGCCUGGGCGCACAACGCUGGUUCCGCAUAAUCGGUUCACGGUGCAGGGGGGAAUUCACAUGACAGAGGAGGGCAGUCUGGUCAUACAGAACCCCAUGCUCACGAACUCUGGCAUUUACAAAUGCAACGCUAAAAACGCACUCGGAACAGACUUUAAAUCUACUUACCUACAAGUGGUCUGAGUGACAUUUAAACUCAUUUGAUGGGGAAAAUGUCACAGCAGAAUUGAGACUGGAAGAGGAUUUUUCAUGAUUUGAAUAUUCUGCACAAUAUAGAUGCUCAGGAGAGAGAACUAAAACUGCCUCACUGGCAGCUUGACUCGAGACACCGUGCAAACAGUUUCCACUGAACAAUGACAUUUUGAAAUGUGGACUUCACAGAUAACAUUCCGCUUUGGGGAUUUUUUAACUGCAAUUGAAUUGUUUUAUGGUGCAAAUGUUGCAGAAGUCUCGUAAUUCUACAUUUCGGGCCUUAAAAAGAAUUAAUACUUGUCAAAGUGCCGUUUUAACUCACUGCUCAAAGCUUUGCCUUACCAGCCUUACCCUCUAAGUGAUCUCACAUUCCCCAAAUGACAGCAUCAUUUUUUUUAAUUUUACUUCACACUACAAUUUUAC